AUGGAUCAAAGAAAAGAAGCUUCUGACGCUGGUCUGUAUGGCAUGUUUAGCACUAAAAGCGGCGGACCAUCAAAGACACGUGUAUGGCUUCUUCCAGAGAUGAGAGAUCGACUUGCUCAUCCUCCGGAUGCCGAGCCACUGCGGAAGCAUUGGGCCCUCGCCAUGGUUGGAGCCUCAUCGACCGCGAGGUCUCUGGGAAAAUUUUGCGAAGCUGAAGAAAUGGCAGAAAGAGCCAAAGAGACACUCGAAGUGUUGUUAGGAGAUGCCAGCUACGAGACAACAAUGGCAACAGAACAAGUAGCAGAAGCAUACUUCGCUCAGGGACGCUACGACCAAGCUGCUAUUCUUCAAACUGAUGUCAUUCAGAAACGAGAGCACCAACUUGGAGAAGAUCAUUUAGAGACUUUGAGAAUAAAAGCUGAAUUAGCCCGGACAAUUUGGCGCCAAGGUCUCUAUAGCGAAGCGAGAGAGCUUGAGUCUCGAUUGUUGCAAACCUGCAAAUCAAAACAUGGUGACAAUCAUCCUCUCACCAUUAAGAUCACAGGCAACCUGGCAGAUACAGACUCCUACGAAGGCCAGUGGCAAAGUGCAGAGAACCUUCAGCUGGAGGUUUUGCACUGGUGCAGACAUCACCUAGGCCAAAAUCACCCAAAGACGCUGCAGGCCAUGUCCAGUCUGUCAAAAACAUACGGCAGGAAAGGUCAAUUGAAAGCAGCCGAAGAGCUUCAAUCUAAGGUGCUUAGCCUUAGAAAGACAAUUCUUGGCUCAAAGCACCUUGAUACAUUAGCUACCAUGGAUGAUCUGGCAUCGACAUACAUAUCUCAAUGCCGCUGGAAGGAAGCAGAACUACUACUCAUCCAGGUACUGAAGAUAAGGAAGAGAGAGUUGGGUAAGAGUCCAACAAUACCAGCCAGUGAAAGUGCUCUGGCCAUAGCAUAUACGAAUCAGGGACGAUUCAAGGAGGCCGAGGACUUGGAAUUUGAAGCUCUCAAGGCAACAAAGAUGAUAUUUGGAGAAAAUCAUCGCAACACCUUAGGCGGAGGCCUUCUUGAAAAGGCUCGAGAGAUUGGGAAGAAGGCUUUUGGCAAGUUUCAUCCGCGUACGCUGACCAUCCUAUUUCACCAUGCUUGGGCUGUGUGGAGCCAAAAUCGAGAUGAGGAGGGCGAAGCAUUGAUGCUGCAAGCAAUGGAAAUGCAGACCAAGAGUCUUGGGGAGGAUCACCCCGUGACCUUGAACACUAUGGAACUAAUAGUGGACAAGUACGGAGACCAAAACCGCCUGGGGGAAGCAGAAUCAAUUCUGUUGAAAGUUAUAGAGUCAAAAAAGAACGCCCUGGGAGCGGAAAAUCCAAGCACAUUAAAUGUGAUGGCCAAGUUAGCUAGGUUAUACUGGAGACAAGAGCGAUCGGAAGAAGCAGAGACACUGGAAAUACAGGUUAUGAGAGAGAGUCAACUGGCACUGGGGCCCCAGCACCCAAUGACAUUGACACUCAUGAGUAACCUAUACCAUGUAAUACAUGGAAGAAACUGGGGCGAGAGUUUGAAGCACUCUCCCUCUUGA